AUGAACUGGGACAGUAAGAAGUGUUUAAGCAAGACCCCUGUUCCAUCACCCAGAGAUGUUAGAGAGUGGGCUAGAAUAAUGAGGGUUCCUCCCCAGAAGGUUGUGGCUGUGCAAACUCCUAUUGGACUCAGCCGGAGGAAGUUUAUAGAUGCCCUAAAACUGAUCCCUGGGUUGGAAAACCCUGCCAUAGUUCAGGCUAAGAAAACAGGAACUCAUGGUGUGACCCUUGUUCAGGGGGACCAGGAUAUAAAUCCAGAAAAAGGAACAACUAGAAUCCCUAUACCUGGAGCAGACCCUAAAGGGUGCCUGAUAGUAUACCCAGAAGGAGAUUCUGACCACGAGGAGGGUGAUGAUUCUGACCUGAUAUUUCAAAAUAGUGACAGUGAGUCUGAAGAUGAUUUAAAUGUAAAUGAUUCUGAAGGCAGUUCUAUAGUAAGUGAAAGGAGACUAAAGAAUGAUUCUCCUAAGCAAGAGAUUUCUUCUCCCAUAACAAAUGUACUUAAACAAUUAGCGGUGGAACUGACCCAAGCUCAACACAUUCACAAAUACAAGAGAUUGAAGAUUUUCUCUGGGAUUGACCCUACUCCUGUUGGAGAAGAGUGCUUCAAAUCCUGGAGAGACACUACUUUGCAGCUUCUUAGAGAAUGGGCUUGUUCUGAGGAUGUGAAACGACAAAGGCUCAUAGAAGGGUUAAAAGGUCCGGCCUUAGACCUGGUAAGGCACCAUCAAAUUAUCCAUCCUCAAGCUUAUGCAUCAGAGCUCCUUCAAAUUAUAAUGACUGCAUAUGCAGAGGAAGAAGAUGAGUUUGAGUUGAGCGAACGAUAUGCAAAUACAAUUCAAGUAAAAGGUGAAAAACUGUCAGCCUAUGUUGUGAGAGUAGAACUCAUAGUAGGAACAUUAGUGGAGAAAGGGAUCAUUCCCGCAUCUGAAAUUGACAAAUACCGGUGCAAACAGCUCCUUAGAGGAACACUACCUGGAGACUCCUGUGUAGCCAGCCACCUUGGAGAAUCUUUUAUGUAUUAA